UUCCGAUGACAUUUUUCUGCUGGUCUCGACGACACAGUGCCUAAGCAAAAAUCAGUUUUACAAGGAUGACAGGUACAGGGUUCAUAUCCCGGUACCGGCUCCAGCCCAGAGUGAGUUCUCAAGGGCACAACGGAGGCCAAGAUUACUCGGGUCUGAAGUUACCAGGCCGAAGUUACCAAAGUCCGAAGUUACCACGUUCCUAGAUGUUGCAGUGUCAUAAGGAAUAAAGAAGGCACUGGCACAUGCCACACAAGUACACAAGAAGAUGAAUGGCCAUAAUGAUGAAAGAGAAGACAUGGUGAAUGGUCAGGAACAUGUUGACAUCAUGAUCAAUGGUCAAGAACAUGUUGACAUCAUGAUGAACGGUCAGGAACAUGUGAAAGAGGAGGAGGUCCUUCUGCUCAACAUCACACCAGAUGGAGGUCUUCCUUCUGACCUGUCUGCCUCCACAAACAACAACAACCAACUGUCACAGUUCGAUGGUGACGAAGUUAAUUUGCUUCAUGGCAAGUUCGAGACCAUUCCAGUAAAAGACUUUGCCUCUGAAGUGCGAGCAUACCGGGAUGUUGAAAAAUACCUCAAGGAGGCAGUGCUGUGUCUGGAUCUGUACGAAUCUGGUGUGCGGGAAACGAUCGGAGGCAUGCUCAAGCACUUGCUCAAGACCCAGCAACAACCAGACUUCACAAUAGAAGAUGCUAAAGAAGCCAUUUUCACAAGGGAAUCAGGAGGCUGUGUAUUGGCAAAAACUAUUCAAGGUAUGCUUUCCAGCAGUGAGCUAGGAGGCAUCGACUUUGAUCAGUCUUGGAUCUGUAUUAUGUGUGAUUUGCCGACUGUUACAAGUCAACGUGUUGUGAUAGCUCGGCUACGACAUCCUGCUAAUCUCGGCACAAACUGUCAAGAAGCAAGAUUUGUUAUCCUUGUGAUAACUCCAACAAGAGAGAAAACCACAAAAGGUUAUCUUGAGACUGGGCGGACGUUUGCGACGCUGUUCAUGGACCUGGAGUUCCGCCACAUGCUGCUAGAUGUGAACCAUGAGGAUGAGUUCAAGAGCCAUCUGCAUGACAGGAUGUCCAAACUCAUCACAGUGCAGGGGCUGCCAGAGAACCGCAUGUCUCAGCCAACACUGUCAGUUUUUGAUGAAGAUGAUGCUAUGAAUUCAAGAUGUGGUUUUGGCAGAGGCAUUAUAGGAGAUUUAAAAAGACGUUUUCCUCACUACUUAUCUGAUUAUAAAGAUGGUGUAAUAGGCCACAACACUCCACAUAAAGUGAUUGCCACCACCUUCUUUUUAUAUUUUGCUUGUGUCCUUCCCAAUCUGGCCUUUGGGAUGCUGAACAGCAACAAUACACACGGGGCAAUUGGAGUCAAGAAGAUUUUAUUUUCACAGAGUUUUGGUGGAAUUCUGUUUGGCAUUUUUGGUGGUCAACCUCUUAUUGUUCUUCUAACAACAGCUCCAUUGGCUUUAUACACAAAAAUUAUUUACAGUGUCUGUGAAGACUUUGAUCUCAACUUCCAUGCCAUGUUUGCCUAUGUCGGUUUGUGGAACAUGUUCUUCCUUCUGAUUUUCUCUUUCUUCAACAUGAGCAAGCUGAUGAGGUGGUCCUCAAGAUCAACAGAAGAAAUAUUUUCAGUCUUUAUAACGUUUGCCUUCUCAGCUGAUGCAAUCAGAGAUACUUUAAAAGAUUUUAAUGAGAACUACUACUCACCUAAAUGUGAUGAGAGUAACAUAACAAACACUGGCGACUCCACUAACGUGUCCACCGUACUAACGACUGCCAGCACUAUAGCCACCAGCGUGAUGUCCAGCCUCAACACAACAGAGCAGACUGUCCAGCAGAAUCCCUUCGAGUGUCUGCGAGAAAACUCCAUUUUGUUUUUACUUCUAAUGCUUGGAACUGUCUGGAUUGGCCUCACACUUUUCAACUUUACAAAAACACCAUUUCUGAAUGCUGGGAAACGUGAAAUUCUUGCCGACUAUGCUCUUCCUAUAUCAGUUCUUGUCAUGGCUUUCUUUGGAUCCUUUGUCUUCAGAAAAAUCAAAAUGAAACCAUUUCAGUAUAACCCAAAUGAACAGAUGUUCCAGCUAGCACCACUGUGGGAUCUACCAAUUGGUGCCAUUUUUGCAGCAGCUGGUCUUGGGUUUAGUCUGUCUUUGCUGUUUUUCAUGGAUCAAAAUAUAUCUAGUGCACUAGUCAACAACCCCAACAACAAGCUGAAGAAAGGAGCAGCUUACCACUGGGAUCUGUUUGUAGUAGCCAUCAUCAAUGGCUUCUUGUCCCUGUUUGCCUUCCCAUGGGUCCAUGCUGCCCUUCCUCAUUCCCCUCUGCAUGUCCGGGCACUAGCCGAUGUUGAGGAGAGAGUAGACCAAGGUCAUGUACAUCAGAUUGUUGUGAGUGUGCGUGAGACAAGACUGACUGGUAUUGUGUCUCAUGUGAUGAUCGGUCUCUCCAUGUUCCUGCUCCCAGAACCCAUGUCGUACAUCCCUCGAGCUGUGCUUGAUGGACUCUUCCUGUAUCUGGCAAUCACAGCUCUGUACGGAAACCAGUUCUUCGAGAGGAUACUGCUUCUUGUCACAGAACAGGCAGCCUAUCCACCAAACCACUACGUUCGACGAGUCCCCCAGCGUAAAGUUCACAUGUUCACGUUUAUUCAGAUGAGUCAGCUAGUAGUCCUGUGUGUGUUUGGAUUCUCACCAAUACCAUACAUGAAGAUGAUCUUCCCUCUUCUUCUCAUUUUUCUCAUGCCCAUCAGACAUAAACUGGUACCAAAAGUCAUUGAACCAAAGUAUUUGAAAGCACUGGAUGGGCAUUAAGUGUUUUACCAUAUGACAGAGGAACAUGUUAAUGCUUUGUAAAUUUUGACAUUGAUAAGAUAUGAAUUUCCAUGAAAUUAAGUAGAUGUUCUCGUUUUAUGGAACGUGCUUAAUUGAUGUACAAUUACAUGUUAGACAAAACGCUCUGUGCAGAUUCAGAUCUAAUUGUGGGCAUCGUAGAGCAUGCAAAUUUUUUUCUCCUGUUGAUGUCAAAAGAAAGUAAGAAAAAAACCACACACACACACAAACCCCUGGAUCUGCGCCAGAUGUGUUGCCACCAUCCUUUAAAGAAGGUUUAAUCUGCGCUAACAUUUUAACAAUAGAUCAGCCAAUAGAUCAUUUAUCUGUUUAAAUGUACGUGGAUAUUUUACAGUAAUUCUUUUAAAACAAUUUACAGCAGGUCAUUAAAUUCGAGCACAGAACAAAUGGGGCCAGAUUUACAGAGCCUGUUUAUGUCUUACAUGUAUAUAACUACUUACAUUUACAAUGCUUAAACACCUGCGUCUAAGAAAAACAGGCUUUGUAAAUUUAGCUCCUGGUGUUUAAAGGAAAUGCAACCUUAAUUUAAAAUUUAAAAAAAACAUUUGCUGUUACUUGACACUAUUAAUGUAAACACACAAGACUUACACAACUAAAAUAAAGGACAUUCACUACUUGUACUUAACAUCCAGGGCUAUUGUAAAUAGAACUUUGUCAACAGACAAUGCAUUCCAUAAUGUUAAUUAUUGAAGUGUGUAAUGGAAUACGAUUGAGUUAAGAUGAGCGAGUGGUACUUCUACCUGUGGCUAGAAAUGUUAAAAGGAAUGAUUAUAUACAUUUCCGAGGCUAGAAAUGAUACAGGUGUUAAUAUAUACAUUUAUUAAUCACUGGAUUUUCCGAGACUAGAAAUGUCACAGGUGUUAUUAUGUACAUUUGUUAAACUGGAUUUUCCGAGACUAGAAAUGGCACAGGUGUUAUUAUAUACAUUUGUUAAACUGGAUUUUGAAAGACUAGAAAUGACACAGGAUAAAUGUCACCCCCACCCAGAAUUUAUUGGUCUUUCUUUUCAUGUUAUUUGGUUUGAUUCAAAGUGUUACAGAAAGUAUUUUUUAUGCAUUUUUAUAAUGCAUAUUUUUGUGAUAAAAAUUUAGUUCUUUUAAUUUUACAAAGAAACAUUUAAUUCCAGCAAAAAUACUAUUUUACAGUAUUUUGUAGUCAAAUUUUAUGUAAAAUUUAAUACAUGUAUAUGAGUUUUGUUAUGGGAACCUAUUAAAUGUCAUGCAUUAUAUUAUACAUCAACUACAUAAAAGUUCCUGUUUUCUCAGAUAUAAACUAGUUACAUUGGAUAUCAAAAAUGUGUUGGUUUUAUAUUACCAAACUAUAAAAAUGUGUAUUGUUUUAAACAUCACCCAAAUGUAUAAUAAGUGUUGGUUGUACAAGUAUUAUACAUGUUACAUAAUGUUUGUUACCAUUUGUGAUGUGGUAGUAUUUUCAGUAAAACUGUUUAAUUUAUGAGAAUAGUUUACACUGGCUGAAUAAAGUUACUGGUAUCAUAAA